UUUCAGGACCACCUGGUGUGCUUCCUGCCAGGGACGCUGGCUCUGGGCGCCCACCACGGCCUGCCCGCUGACCACAUGGAGCUGGCCCGGGCGCUCAUGGACACCUGCUACCAGAUGAACCGCCAGAUGGAGACGGGGCUGAGCCCCGAAAUUGUGCACUUCAACCUGUACCCCCAGAGCGACCACAAGGACGUGCAGGUCAAGCCGGCCGACAGGCACAACCUGCUGCGGCCCGAGACGGUAGAGAGCCUCUUCUACCUGCACCGCCUCACGGGGGACCCCAAGUACCAGGACUGGGGCUGGGAGCUCCUGCAGAGCUUCAACACGUACACACGGGUCCCCUCGGGCGGCUACUCCUCCAUCAGCAACGUCCGGGAUCCCCUCAAUCCCCAGCCCAGGGACAAGAUGGAGAGCUUCUUUCUGGGGGAGACGCUCAAGUAUCUGUAUCUGCUCUUCUCCGACGACCCAGACCUGCUCAGCCUGGACGCCUACGUGUUCACCGAGGCUCACCCCUUGCCCAUCUGGGCCCCGCCUCGGGGGGCCUGACUCCCCUGUGGGCAGUGCCCAGGGGGUUCACAGGUCUUGUGUUUGUGGAAGCCUGUCAGCGGACCCGUUUGGGUACGUCCACUGUCCUUGGACCUUGGCCCUGCAGUGUCCACUCCGCUGGCUGCCCGUGUUCCAGGCCAGG